AUGAAGAUCGCAGGUAUUGUACCUUUUUUGUCCUUGGCAAAUGGAUACAUCUUCCACCCAGAAGAUCAAGCCAACUUUAGAAACCCCAAAAUCCCGGCUCUCUUGAACUACACCAAGAGCCAGUAUGAUAUCUCCACCGGGUCCUCCUAUUGGGCCAGCUCCUUUAUCACUGGAGAUGAUGGCCGACAGUACAUGACGCUGUCCCAUCUCCUGACCACUAUACCCUCUGUCUGCCGCUCUUCGAUACUAGAUCUUCAGACCCAUGAAUGUUGGGUUGACCUUACCUACUGCAACAACACCAAUGACAGCGGUUUCGACAACGGUCUCCCCCUGAAUGCUGAUUAUGGGACCUAUGGCUUUGGUUCUACUUCGGACGACAGCGUUUCAACGAUGUACACCUACGCCCACCCUGAGAAGUCUUUCUCGAUCGAUUUGGAAUGGAACUUGACCUCUCGCGUUAUGCUUAAUGGAGGGGCUGGCAUCAUCCCCUUCGGCAACGUGCCAAUCAACGCCACAGAAUGGGGCAUCCCCAACGCAAGAACCGCGGGAACGAUCACAUUGAACAACAAAACCAUCUCCGUUGACACCAGCAACUCGUUCACCUGGUACGACAGACAGCUGUCCCACGGAGCCCCGAAGAAUUGGACCUGGUUUGAGCUUCACUUCCCAGGAUCGGACAUCAAAGCAAGCAUCUGGGCAUGGGACCUUGUUGAUGACGAGAGCACUCGCUUCGCAACCAUCAGGGUGGGCAAUGGGUACCACGUCCUUGCUUACGAGCUUUCACCCGACUAA